AUGACAGAAAGGAUUCCUAGGAGAGCAACAAAGGAUAUCACAGGCGGCCCGUUCCCGAUACGUGCGGCUACCCAAGCAUGUCGACAAAGACUCCAAGAAUGCGCAAGUCAAGCAUCCCUCCAGAACGGUCACUGGGCGGAGAAUCGCUCCAGCGACUUCAACCUCUGGGAUUCCGGAAUUGGCGCCUCUGCCAACGAGCUGAACAGUCUCGAUAGGCGCCUAGAUCGAGACAUAUCUGCCCAAAAGGUGGUUGUUGGCGCUCUCAGCACUCUUGCUGCAUGGGCGACAAAGUGUAGGGAGCUGGCAGAAGAGGUCGAACGACAACCCGCUGGACCACUGGACCAUCAAAAUGGGAGCAAGUCCUUGUCUCCAGACGAACAAAGCAUAGAAAUACGCGAUGGCAUAACAUUGGAUGAAGCAAAGAAUACCGUGGAAAAGUUGCUCGAGAUUCUUGUUAACCUGGAGAUUGUGAUAAGAAGAGCCGGGACGGCUUCUCGCGUGAGAAGGGCGGACCGAACCUUCCACAAGCGAAAGCAUCACUACACGGAGCUUUCUACACAUCUUGAAUUCAUUCUGCGAGUCUCUGAGGCUCCCCGACGGGAGCAUGCCUUGAUGACCCAGAGCCCUGCGCCAGUUGAAGCCGACGAGAUUGAUGUCACCUCCACUGUUGAACAAUUAGAGGGAGAGAAAGCCCCUCUGCGUCCUGAACAGCAAAUACUCCUCCUCGCCAAUAUCAAACGCACUGACCGAUUCCUGUUCUACAAAGGUCGGCAAGAGCAAUUGCGAUCCGAACAAGUGCAAAAGCCUUCCUAUCCUCAGGCUGAACGUGUUCAGGUCAGAUCGUCAUCGUCACCCGCCCGGCCGUCGAAUCCCCCAACUAGAAGCGAGAAGCAACUCGAGAACUCAUUAGAAACUUUCACGGACGAACAAGCGAUGCCAGAUCGAUCCCAGCAUUCUACCGGCACCACUAACCAGGCAUCAGAUUACGUAGCCACAAAAUCCCUGGAGAAAGACAUGCGGUUGACAUCUCCCGGUGUCGCCGCAACGAAAAUCGCCAUUCGUGCCGAUUACCCUAAACCUCCGAAAGAUAAGACCAAAUGCCCUUACUGUUUGAUACCUUUGAGAGGCGAAGCUGACGAUCUCAGUCAGUGGAGGAAACAUCUCUCCGAAGACCUUCAGCCCUAUACAUGCUACGUACCGAAUUGUCCCCAGAACCAUCCUUUCUUCAAUACAUUUGGCGCGUGGAAAAUGCAUGUUCUCUCAAAGGACCACCAGCAGCCCGUUGGAUGGACCUGCCUAUUUUGUCCCUUUUCCUCAAAUCCCGGCGAAGAUCGCACCUUCCUCGACCACGUCCAGAGUAGUCAUUCCGACGCCGUGACAAAGGAAUCCUUGACAGGUUUUGUCCAUAUGUGUCGUCGGAAUGCGACGCCGACACUGGAUAGAUGUCCCGUAUGCUCCAUAUGCGACAAGGAUUGGCAGUUGCAAAAGGACAGAGAUGUGCAGUUUGAGCCUCAGACAAAGUCCUUUUUGGAACAUCUCGGGCAAUGCAUUCACGGCUUUGCUUUGAGAAGCUUGCCUGAGACCGAACCGGGUAAGCCUGAAGACGAAUCUGGCCAGAAUCAGACCGACGUUUCAGCAAUCGAGGACCGAUCGUGGCCGUCGGGCUAUCUGCAUGUUUCACAUCACACAGAUGCCGGUCUUGCAGAUUCAGAUCUUCUGGAAAUGGUUCCAGCGCUCAGACGCCAUGACCUGGUUGAUAACUCUACGAGAACUCAAGCCUGGGUUGUUGACAAUGCCAACAGAAUUCAGUCGAGCAACACGAGUGACCCAUAUUCUGCAGAUGUCCCUUCACUCAGCAACCAGGAUAACUAUGCAGAGACGAAGAACCUACAUCGAGACGCAUUGCAGUUUCCUGAGGCGUUGCCGGACGAAAGUCAUUCCUUAAGGCUGAAUGGGCCUUUCUUACCCCACGACUACAGGCUGGCUUGUAUUUGUUCCACGGAAUUGGAACUAGCCCCGAUCCGAGCGUUACUCGACGAGAUCCACUUGAAGCUACCCAGGCCGCGCGACCGAAACAGCUAUAUCUUGGGGAGAAUAGGAAGACAUAGCGUCGUAAUCGCCCUACUCCCUGAAACUGAAAAUAACGACGCGGCUGUGGCGAUGAUGCAACUCAUCAAGGAUUUCCCAUCGGUCCGAUUUGGUCUGUCAGUUGGAAUUGACGCUGGUGUGCCGAAUCUCCCCAAUGUCGAUGUUCGACUGGGCGACGUUGUGGUCAGCAUGCCGUCCAAGACACCGGGAAGCGUGAUACAUUAUGACCUAGGAACGAAGACAAAAGACAGUAAAGUGCCCGUCUACCUAUUGCAAAUGCUGAAAAAAUAUCCCAAAUUAAAGGAUAAAUACAUACAUCCUGGUGCGGAAAGUGACCAGUUGUUCGAGUCAUCCUAUGAUCACCACGGAGGCGAGGACUGUCUCGACUGCGACUCUUCACGCGCUGUGAAGCGGUCUGCACGACCCAGCACCGAUCCGGUCGUUCACUACGGUACCAUCGCUUCGGUAAACCGCGUGCUCAAAAACGCGGUCGAACGGGAUAUGUUAGAGAUGACCAAUCCGAGCAUUGUUUGUGUUGAGACGGAGGUCGCUGGAUUGAUGGACUCCUUUCCCUGCUUGGCCAUUCGAGGCAUUUGUGAUUAUGCAGACUCACACAAGAACAAGAGGUGGAUGCCGUAUGCCGCAGCCACCGCGGCCGCCUACAUGAAAGAGCUGCUAUAUAUGUUAUCGCCUCGAGAAGUAAGCAGCACAAGUCCUGCUCUGGAGGGGACGGAAGUUUCUCAGAUUCUGGCCGAGCUCGAAGUCAUUGUCCGCGAGGCUGUAGAGGAUCUCUCGCCUUCCCGGCAAUGUAGAAUUGUGAUCUCCGGUAUAGAUGGCCAGGGUAAAAGCGAGAUAUGCCUGCAGCUCGCCCGCUGCACUCGUCAAUUAUUCUGGGGCGUAUUCUGGGUCGAUGUCAGAACCACUGCUUUGGCGGAAAACGGUUUCUUAAGUAUUGCGAGCCGACUUGACAUCACAGUGAAGACUUGGAGAGAUACCCCUCGCGGCCUUGCCGGUUUGAACGAGCCAUGGUUAUUGGUGAUGGCCAACGCCGAUGAUCCUGAUGUCGAUUACGAACAAUACUUUCCCUCGGGCCCACUCGGUGUGGUGUUACUAACGUCCCGGUUUCCCGAAAACCCACGUUAUGCUACCAGCAAAUUUAUCAAUCUAGAGAGUUUACUGAUGACUGAAGCUCAAGAACUGCUGCUCCGUGCGGCUCGAAUACCCAGUGAUCGACAUCAACUAUUCCAGGCUGAAGCCAACCUCGUAGCCUCUCUACUCGAGUCACACCCUCUCGCCCUCAUUCAAGCAGGAGCCUGUGUGUCUCAAGGUUACUGUGCGUUGAAGGAUUACCCAAUAGUGUAUCAAGAACAUCGAUUGACGACAGCUCGGCUAUCCCGGAGUGGGUUUCCAUACGAGCACGUCUAUACGACCUUUGAAGUCUCGGCUGGAGUCCUCCAGUCGAUGAACACUGAAUCGGCUAGUGAUGCUUUAGAACUGUUAAGUGUCUUGGGCAGACUGGCAUCCACGCCACUGCCGCUGCUGCUCCUCGAAGCUGGAUGGAAAGGAGCACAAACGAUAUUGUCGGAUGAUAGAGAUGACGAUGAUGAACAAGAUUUGAAUCGCCUAUCACCGUGGCAUGUCUCUCAUCUGCCCGCACUCAUUUCACCCGAUAGUCCUAACUGGGACUCGUUUCGGCUUACUGAGGCCCUCAAUCUCCUCCGGGCUUUCUCUCACAUCACGACAGACACUUAUGACAGUGGGAGAAUAAAUGUGUCCAUGCAUCCAUUGAUCCAUGUCUGCGUGCAGUUAUGGCUCGAUCGGGGGCGAAAAUAUGCAUCGCGGAUACGCGCGGGAUGUUUAGUGGCUAUAUCCCUUCAGGACACGCGCUUAUGGUCGCAACACCAGUGGCAACUCCAGCCUCACAUGCACGCAUUGGUAUCGCGGAGCCCCAGGACAAAGUUUUUAUCCGGUCCUUCUCUCAUGAUUGUUCGUAUACUGCUGAAAUGUGCGAAUGAGAUGAUUCGAACGGGGGAUGAUAAGCGAGUAUUUAACUUCAUGGAACUGCUGAUGACUGGGCUUGGCUUUGAUCGGAGGUGUGUUGACCGACAGUGGCUGAAGAUAUACGAAGUCUACGGGCAGAGCCUCCUCAACUUAGGCGAAGUCAAAGAGGCAGUGCCACUGUUGGAGGAGCUAGUCAUGACACGAGAGCAGACACUACCAGAGGAUCAUCCUGAUCGACUCACGGCCCAACAUGACCUAGAAAGAGCAUAUCACGCAAACCGACAAGUUAGGGAGGCAGUGUCGCUGUUGGAGCAGGUGGUUGAGAUUCAAGAGCAGACACUACCAGAGGAUCAUCCUGAUAGACUCAUGGCCCAACAUGACCUAGCAAGAGCGUAUCACGCAAACCGACAAGUCAGGGAGGCAGUGUCGCUGUCGGAGCAGGUGGUUGAGAUUGAAGAGAAGACACUAACGGAGGACAAUCCUCAUCGACUGGCGGCUCAGCACAACCUUGCAAGAGCAUAUCACGCAAACGGACAAGACAAGAAGGCAGUGCCGCUAUUGGAGCAGGUGGUCAUGCUACAACGGCGGACACUGGCGGAGGAUCAUCCUGAUCGAGUAGCAUCGGAGCUCCUGCUUUCUAUCUUUUACUGGGAUCUGGGAGAUCGACAAGCCGCGAUACACACGGCGCGUCGAGUGGUUGAGGUUCGACGGCGGACCUUGGACGCAAACCACCCAGAUCGGAAGAACGGUGAAGCCUGGCUUGACUAUUUCGAAUCUGAGACGGCACAAGGAUCUUGGACGCAUAACGAAGCAUAG